CACAGUUUCCAUAUGCAUAAUUUCAGGGUGCCAACCAAAGUACCACUGACGAAAAUGGUAGCAGUUUUAGUAUUAAGUACCAAAAAUGGCAACCGUGAUGUCUAACGUUUGGCGAUUUUAUUAUCGAUUUGUGUUUGGUUGCGGAAAGCGCAAAGAAAAACGAAAUUAAUUCAUAAAAUCCGUGGGAGCAGCUAAAAAUCUUUAAAAAAUACUUUUUUGUUUUUCUUGUGAAUUUGCGUUGAUUUAAAAAAAAAGUCGAAAGUUCGUUUAGCAAAAAUUGUUUUCUGUAAUGAAAGCUCUGUACCACUAGCGGCGUGUACAAAAAAAGGAGCCACGAAUGGUAAAGGUGGACAGGGCAAUAGUGGAAAGACGUGCCGACCAAACUCGAGAUAAAAAGGAAAGGGACAUUUUCAGGCGUCGUCGCUGGUUUCUUAGUAUACAGAUUUGUUUGCGAAUCACGACAUAGAAUUGGUUUUUAAUCGCAAAUUAAUAUUUAACAAUAACAAUUUUGAGAUACUUUGGACCUCGUAAAAAAUUAAAGAAAUUGUCUUUAAAGAUUUCUCAAAAAAGUGAACUCAUACUAAAUUUCAUAAUGACUAACAUGGAGAAGCAACAUGAAAUGGUAAAACGCAGUCUGGUGCAAUUCGUUAGCGCACACAUUCCAGGGGCUGAUUUUAGCGUAGUCGACGAAAUAGUUUUGCAGUACAUUAUAUCUAUUUUGGAAGAAGCUUCACAGGACCCAUGUUUCGACGUAGAGGGGUUUGUCGAAAUGAUGGGCGCCUAUUUUGCCGAGUUUCCUUCCAUUGACCAGGGAAUCAUUUGUGAAUGGAUAUACAAGUUAGCAGGCGAAUUGAAUGAAAUGGAAAAAAAUCAGGAAAAUCGUAGUUCAACAAAUUUAUCACUGAAUUCCUUAAGCCUAUCAGAUAUUAUACCCGAGUCGAAGUUACGUGCUCGCAAUGCUUCCAAUUCUGAGAAAGACGAGUUCAAUUUGAGCGCUAGUGGGGCAGCAGGGGCCGGGACCAAACGUGCGCAGCAUUUGUCCGAGACCAGUGAUGGUGGUUCCACUGAUAGUUCGAGCUGCGAUUAUUAUUUGGACGAGGCUGAAGUUCUACAAGAAAUGUUUCCGGACACGGCUUACGUAGAGGUGAAACAUUGCAUUGCUAUAGCUAAAGGAGAUAUUGAUAGCGCAACUCAAAUUUUGUUACAUCGUCAAGAGACUGGCCAAAGUCUAACCGACAAGUCUAUUUCUAUUUCUGGACGAAAAAGUAUUGUUGUGGACGACGCAGAGCUCAAAAAUCGUAUUAUUGAGAGAUACUCAUACGUAGACAAAAACGCAACUCAGCGGGAAUACAAGCCGAUGGUACCAAAAUUCGAACCGAAAAAAUUGGUUCGCUAUCGGGAUAAUAAGAUUGUUUCUUUAAAGGGCGAGCGUUACACUGAAAUCAAGCGCGACGAGGAAGCUGAGUUAAAAAAACCAAAAAAGCAACUUCAACCGUAACUAAAGUUGCUUAAAUCAUGCUAUAAGUAUUUUAUAAAGUUGCAACUGCUAGCAUCACAACAACAGCAACUGUGGUUAAAAAAUAACAAAAAGAAGCUUCAACGUUUACUUCACCAUUUGAUAUUUGAAAACUUUAAACUAAAUAUUAAUACUAUAUCACCAAUAUUUGCACAGACGAAUGUAACAGCACUACAAAAAACACUAAAAUCACGACCACCUACCCAAAACCGAACAAAGCAAACUGUCACAAGAAACAAAUUCUUAACACAUGUGCAAAGAACUUAUCAAACUACAACAACAAAAUCAACGCUUAGAACCAAUUUAAUUGCGAUAGUAUCACCACUAUGGCUAUUAAAGGCUUAUUUGCACCCCAUAAGAGGAGUUGUAAAAAAUUUGAUUGGUUCCCCCAAAACUACAGAAUAUCAGGGUUUUUUGUCGCACUGCGAAUGCUACCUUAAAUCCGAUUUCAUUUCCGUAUUCGCACCUGAGCUCCAUCAUCCGGCUGAGUGCAUUAUGAAUUUAAGCUCCACGUGUGUAACCUUUGUGAUUUCAAAUACUACUGCUAGGAUAAUUGAGAAUGUGCUGUACACCAAGCAUCCGGGUCGUACGAAUUUUGGGUAUCCUCUACGAUAUUCCUCGAAUUAUUUGAAAGUCAAAAGUGUAGAUAAAUAUAUUUUCGACACAUUUAUUUUUAAUGUUAUUAUUUUAAAAUUAGUUUUAAUUUUUUAUAACAAAGCUGCAAUGAAAGAUUUACAAAGAGCUUUUUAUUAUUUGUUAGUAAUAUAUCUUGUUUUCCGAAAACAAGAAGAGCAACAAAUUAGUGUUAAAUUCAAAUCUUUAUGAGUUAAUAUUUUGUUAAGAAAAAUAAGUUGAUUUUACAACUGUCGAUAUUUGCUACUACUACUACUAUUUAAUAGGAUAUUAUGACGAUGUCGGUCCGCAGAUGGAUUUGCGCUGAGCUAGCACAGUGAUGGACAAAAAAGACAAACCAUCCGCGUAAUUUCGUAUUUUUAUGAAUCUUGCUAUACACAAUAACAAGUAGCUUUUGAAAAGUAUCUGGUGCUUUAGAUUAAUUAAAUGGCGGCUUUCGAGUGCAAUAGGAAUUAUACAUUUAUGCAAAUGAUUUGGUGUAAUUAUUCAAAAUCUGAAAGUUAUUAAAAUGAAACCAAAUAUUUAAGUAAGACGUUAGGAAACUAAGAAAACUGUUUUGUGUAAUUGUAAUAACAUUAUAAAGCUGACAAGUUUUAAAUCAUAACAUUUUACUAGUCUUACGACACGCAUUUGUCUUUGGUUUUUUAGAAGUUUUUUAUACUAUUCCCCUAAGUCAGCAUUUAAUUUUCUUUCGCACCACAUUCAAAAAAUAGAUCGUAGAUAGAAAAUACGGCCGACAGACACGUCUUUAAGACACAUGAGCUCAAAUAGACUUAUGAAUUUAUCUAUAUCUAUGUUUAUAACGCGAAUAUAGUAAUUUUUAUACUAUAUUUUAAUGUGUAAUUAAACUGAAUGAACGAACUGCAAGGAAGGUAUAAAUGAAAUUCAGGACGAAACUCAAAGAUAAAAGGCGUUUUGAGAAAGACAUGCCAUACAUUAAAACUUACGCCUAAUCUUCUUUUAAUUUU